AUGGAGGACCCUGCAGAGACUCCGCGGUUGGCUCCCCAUGAGGCGCUGUGCCUGCCCUGGGCCUCCCUCAUCCUCCUCUACUCCCUGGUGGCACUCACCUCCUACUUGCUGGAGGUGACCAGCCACGGCCUGCUGAUCAAGGCUGCGGGCCCCCUCCUGCCUUCCCCUUUGUCGGCUGCCUGGUUUGGCCACCAGGCCACCACCGAUGCCAUCUUCACAGUCCUUCUGCCGCUGACCCUCACCUGGACACGCUCCUGCUGGCCCCUGGGUGCUGCCUUCUGCCGUCUGGACCCCAGCCUGGCCUUCCUGACCUUCUACGCCAGUGGCCGCCUGCUGACCCGCGCGGCUGCUGACUGCCAGGCUGUCCUGCUGCAGCCCGCCUGGGCGCUGGCUCACCACACGGCUCGCCAGGUGGUUUUCUGGGCCGCUGGGUUCUGGCUCCUCCUGCUGGGCCUCGGUGGGUCAGCCCUGCGAGCCCUGAGGGACCAGGCAAGCCCCGCUGACCCCUACAACAGGACACCUGCAGGGCAGCUCCCCAGCCAAGGCCAGGGCUCCAGAUCCUGGGGCCACGUGCUGGACCAGCUGGUGUUUGGGCUUGGGGUGCCCCUGGGGGUGCUGAGCACCUUCCACAGCCUCCUGCGGGCCAGGCUGUGGUUGGCGAGGCUCACGGGGCGGCCCCCACUGCUGGGCAUGCCCUGGGCCACCAGGGCCAUGCUGUUUCUCUGUUGGUUCCCCUUCCACCUGCUGCUUCUCCUGAGGCUCCUGGGGAUGCAGGAGGCUGGACUGGACCUGGGGGACGUCUGGGUGCUUCUCAGACCCUUGGGGUUCACCCUGGUGGUGGCCAGUGGCUGCCUCAACCCCUUGCUCUAUGUGUGUGUGGCCCAGGCCCUCGGGCGACAGCUGUGUCAGUCCCUCUGGUCCUGCCCCAGGGGAGCAUCUGGGGAGGAGACUGGUGGGCUGAGCCCUCCUGCAGCGACCUGA